CAUAGCUUUGUUAUUAUUUUGCUAUAUUUACUAUCCUGCCAUUCUCCUACUCUUCCUCCAUCUCUUCCUCUCCCUCCUUUUUCUUCUCUCUGGAGUCUUCCGUAGUGAACGUCAAAGGUUUCAGUGGAACUCCUCUGUUAGGAGACUCGCAUUCUAGAGGAAGUUGACGGAAUGGUUCAAAUCAAGGAAUUCCGAGUUGUCAUGCCUUUAUCGGUAGAGGAGUAUCAGAUAGCUCAAAGUUACAUGGUAAUGAAGAUGCAGCAGCAGAACACAAGCAGCAAUGAGGGGGUAGAUAUCUUGGAGGACAGACCCUUUGAAGAUGAUGCAUAUGGGAAAGGCCAAUAUACAUCUAAAGUUUAUCAUCUGCAAAGUAAAGCGCCUACUUGGCUUACUACUUUUGCACCGGCAGAUGCUCUUAUCAUGCAAGAGGAAGCAUGGAAUGCAUACCCAAUAUGCAAAACAGUAAUCAAGUGCCCAUACUUUGCCAAAUUUCGUCUCACCAUUGAAACUGUUCACAAGGCUGACAACGGGAAAUCCGAAAAUGUGCAUGCGUUAACUGAAGAACAACUGGCAGCCAGACAAGUUGAAAUUAUUGAUAUAGCUUCCGCUCCAAGAGAUUAUUGGAGUCAUGUUGUUGGAAGAAACAACAUGGACUUCUCCACAUUCAAAUCAGCAAGAACUGGCCGUGGUCCACUGUUGGAGGGAUGGCAGGAUAGGUGUCAUCCUGUUAUGACGGCGUACAAAUUGGUAACAGUAGAUGUACCCUACUGGGGUUUUGGUUAUCGACUUGAGCAAGCUUUGCUAGCAGGUGAAAGAGCUCUUUUUAUAGAAAGUCAUCGAAAUUGUUUUGGUUGGAUCGAUGAAUGGUUUGGGAUGACAAUGCAACAAAUUCAUCAACUUGAGCAGCAAAGUAGUUCAUCAAUAAAUGAGAAACUCGUCAAGUCAAUUACAAUGACAAACUCAGAAGACUCUAACCGGAGAUGCUCCCAAGACGGUCAAGGCAGCUACGAGACAACAGUAUCCACUGAAUCCCAAGCAGCAUGAACUCAUCGUUGGUGCUCGAGGGAUAACACGGACAGAGUUGUUCGUGCUUGGCGUGUGGAGCUUCAUAGUGAACUAACGAACUUCUUACAUUGUUAUGCCCAUGUUUAUAGUUUGAUUUUUUCAGUAACCUUGAUCUGGAACAGGAAUUCUUAGUGAUUGGAUUAUAGCAUGUUUCCCACUUUUCUUCAUUUUUUGAAGCUUAUAGGAAGCUCAUUGAUACUGUAUAAUUACAUUAUUUACAGCGAGAUCACUUAGCAGAAGGGUAUAGAUUAAAAUGAAAGUACAAACAUUCAUAUA